CUCUCUCUCGCCCAAUCAUCUCCACCGCUCAGAAGCCGGAGGCGAAAAUAAAGCAGGGGGACGCCGGUGCAGCUUCUCACUUUUCCCUCGGCUUGAGUUUGUCGCUGGGCGAGUCUACCAUGUCUGGGCGCGGAAAGCAGGGCGGCAAGACGCGGGCCAAGGCCAAGACGCGCUCGUCCCGUGCCGGGCUGCAAUUCCCCGUGGGCCGCGUGCACCGGCUGCUGCGCAAGGGCAACUACGCGGAGCGGGUGGGGGCCGGCGCCCCGGUCUACCUGGCCGCGGUGCUGGAGUACCUGACGGCCGAGAUCCUGGAGCUGGCGGGCAACGCGGCGCGGGACAACAAGAAGACGCGCAUCAUCCCGCGCCACCUGCAGCUGGCCAUCCGCAACGACGAGGAGCUGAACAAGCUGCUGGGCAGGGUCACCAUCGCCCAGGGCGGCGUCCUGCCCAACAUCCAGGCCGUCCUGCUGCCCAAGAAGACCGAGAGCCACAAAGUCAAGGCAAAGUAAUUUCAAGUUUUGGCUACCGAACACUCCAAAGGCUCUUCUCAGAGCCACUCACGCUCUCACAAAAAAGCUGAUUCUCUUUCCAAAAUCUGGGUGCAAGAACAGCCAGGCCUUUGGGGGAAAAAUCCUUAAUUCGGCUGGUGCGUCGGAGGAAAGCCAUGAUGGCCGCGACUCAAUUCGUACAGUGUUGCCACGUCGUUUCUAUUUAGCAGCUUGGUAGUCGAAAAAAGGAUUCAAAUACACGUGCAGCAGAGGGGGGGCAAAAAGCUACAGCAGGAUUUCUCGACCAGGGUUUUGUGGCACCCUAUGGCUCCACGAGACGUCCCGCGGGCUUCCCCGGGAGAUCCCGAUUUCUUUAAAUCAAAAUAAAGAAGUUCAUGCAUACAGGCCUACCCGUGAAACGCCUAUUUGUACCUUCUCGUCUAGGUCUGAGCCUAAAACGUCCCCCCAGGCCAAAAAAUAUUUCCAGGCUCAAAAGAAUGAGGAAGGCUGACCUCCAGGUUUUAAAACAGGCUUAGCUACUUACACAGUAGCUUUUCAUGGUAGUAAUAAUACCCACCCAUCAU